AGAGUAGCAUCGCAUCUCGAACUGUCUCUUCGGACACGAAAAAAAUAUAUUUUAUUUUUAUUGAUUUUAUAAUUUGUACAACGACUUUACAUGUGAAACACUUAGAAAAAAAAAUUUGUGAACAAAAAAAAAUACUUAUGAUAAAAAUUGUGUGCCUUCAUCUACUCAUCAAUGGAAAAAAUUAAAAAAUAAAUUUAAAAAAAAAUAAAAAAAAAACAUCGAAAAAAUACAAAAAUUGUGCAAUUCUGAGGAAAAAAAUUAAAUAAGAAAAAAAAAUAAUUUAAAGAAAAAAGUGAAUCAUCAUCAUCAUCAAUAACAACUUUAAGCUAUUUAUUGAUACAUCAUAUAGAAUAUAAUAAUAAAAGAAGAUGGAUCUGAAAGUCGAACGACCCGCCUCAGUUAACUCAGACUCAUCUGUGGAGCCAAUGGAGACCAGUUCAUCCGACAACAACAAACCAAAUUCCUCGCUGGCGGUGAAAACGAGCGGAAACGAGUCCGACAACGGCGAAUCUGACGUCGAGGUUUAUCAGCAAAGCAGCAAAAAGCCAGAAAUGACGCCAAAUCGACGCAAAAAUGUGCGAUUGUGUGUCGAUGAUAUCCUAAAAAGGUUCAUGCCAAGCUCAAAUUCGAACAAUAGUCAUAAGAGUAGCAGCAUAAGUUUUCACAAGAGCGACAACAACGAAGAAAAUACCACGACAACGACGGCGAACGAGGAAGAGCUCAAUGCUUCGGGAAAUAAUAAUUCCACGGAGAAAACCAUGAAAUAUGUGUGUCCCAUUUGUGACGUCAUUUCGACGACACCACACGAUUUUACCGCACACAUUCGCGGACAUAACAAUGACUCGUCAGAUGAUAAUCAAAAUUAUACGUGUCGGAUCUGUUCGAAGGUUCUCUCAUCCGCUUCAUCCCUCGACAGACACGUGUUAGUGCACACCGGCGAACGCCCGUUCAAAUGCAAAUAUUGCCACUUAACCUUUACGACAAACGGCAAUAUGCAUCGCCACAUCCGUACCCACAAGCAACACGAACGCGAAACGUACGAAAGUGACGACGGCUCGACAGAUUCGUCGCACAGCAGCGCGCACUCGUCCUCAAUGAACAACAAUAAUCACGAUUUUAACGGCAGCACGGGCGAAAAACGAAAAUCCUCGCACGAUGACGAAGCACUAACGGCGAACAAACGGAAAUUGAAAACGAUCAACAAUAACAACAACAUCAUUAACAACAAUAAGCCACAAACUUUCUGCUGUCCCGUUUGCGUUCGCAAUGACUUUUCGUCGAUGCUCUCGUUGGAGAAUCACAUGGAUAGCGAACAUCCCACGAUACCCGCGAAAUGCCGUCAUUGCGAAAUUGUCUUCAAAAGUCACAAAGCACUGAAUGCACAUCGAUGCGGCAACAGCAUUCACAAGUCGCCCGCGACUCAAGGGUUUAAAGAUUUGACUUUUGUCGAUUUCUCAAGUGAUAAAUUCCCGAUAAUUGCAAAGUCGUUAUGUGAAGCGCAACUGAGACAACCAAUUUCCAACCAAAUUUUCGAAUGUUUGAAAUGUUCACGAGCUUUCCCCUGCGCGUCGGCCUUGGAAAUGCACUCGAAAGAUUGUUACGAUGACGAAAUCGCGACUCCUGUGAAGCGUUCCCGUCAACUCAGCGAAACUUCUGAAGAAGAUGCGAAACGCGAUGACUUCUUUGCCAACUUGGAUCUUCGAAAUAAAUCAAAUGCCAUGAGUUUGGGUUCAUCUGAUGUCCUUUCAACACCUUCCACAGACAAAUCGAGUCCCUUUAACUCACCUUUUAACAUGUCACGACGCAUGAUGACCUCAUCCCCUGCCUUCGGGCAAAACGAUACCAAAGAUUUGGCUGACAUCCAAUCGAUUAUCAACGUCACGUCAUCCAGCGGGGGCUUCUGGAAGCAACUCGAUCGCCCAAUUUCCACAUCAGAAAAGGAUUUCGAUGCCAAAAAUGGCGACGACGAAGAACAACAAGAUGCUUUUACCGCCGAAUUUCGUAAAAUGAAGAUGCGCGGCGAGUUCCCAUGUCGUCUCUGCACUUCCGUGUUCCCGAAUUUGCGUGCUUUGAAGGGACACAAUCGCGUGCAUUUGAGCGCUGCUGGUCCAGGACCCUAUAAAUGCAACAUGUGUCCGUAUCUCAUAAACGACAAGGCUGCCUUGAUUCGUCACAUGCGGAGUCAUAAUGGAGAUCGCCCCUAUGAAUGCGCGAUUUGUAAUUAUGCUUUUACUACCAAAGCGAAUUGUGAGCGUCACUUAAGGAACCGCCACGGGAAAAAUACCCGAGAUGAGAUCAAGCGUUCGAUCAUUUAUCAUCCCACGGAAGACUCGAGUUGCGAUGAUCCGGUGAAAAAAAUGCAAAUGUUUGUCACUCCGGAGCAUAAAAAGUCUCGGGAGACGUCUCGGGAUCGAACAACUCCCGUUUCGUCGCAUUUGAGGGAGAGUUUGUCGUUUGACAUGGCGCCAAAGAUCCAAGUUCGCAGUUUGGAGAAGAUGAUAGAGCCAAGUUCGAGAGAUGCUAGUGUCGAAAAGUCAUCAAAAGAGACGAAACCGAUGGAUUUGAGCAUGGAUGUCUUGGAUUUGAGCAAAAAAUCGAAAGAUAUCCCGGAUGAAGAUGAGCUCGACGAAGAUAAACCAUCAAAUACAGAGUUCCCUGAUAUGAGUUUCUUCGAAAAAAAUCAACAAUUGUUGUUUUUGCAGCAACAACUCCUCUCGGAAGCCCUUCCAAAGCUCAAUCCAGCUCAAUAUUUCCAAUUGUUAUACCGCAAUUUUGGUUUUCCAUCAGCAUUUCCCUUUAUGAACAACCCAUUGUUCCUGCAAAAUUCCUUGUUGAACCCAAAUCCCGACCUGAACGACAUGAAAAACGCUUUUCCUUCCAUCCCGAACCCCAUGUCGGGUGGUUCGAUGCUCACAAAUCCCUUUGCAUCGCCUCCCCUGAGCAAUAAUAGCAGCAUCAACUCCGAUUCCGGCAGUAAACUCAACGAUUCGUUACAUGGCAAUACCCCAUCCGCUGAUCCAAUUACUCCUGUAAAAUUUUUGGAUAGCCCAAAGUCGCAAUCGAGUCAAAUUUCGACGCCUAUUAAGCCAUCAGGACCUCCGUUGAGUCCGGGACCCGUCAAAAUGGUCAUCAAAAAUGGCGUUUUGAUGCCGAAACAGAAACAACGUCGUUAUCGCACCGAAAGGCCCUUCGCUUGUGAGCAUUGUUCGGCCCGUUUCACACUUCGCUCGAACAUGGAACGUCAUAUUAAGCAACAACAUCCCCAAUAUUGGUCUUCUCGUCAAAAAGGGGGGCAUCAUUUGAUGCGCGGACGAGGCGCGAGCAUGAAUUCCGCUUCUCCGCUACCUGCAACGCCAACAAAUCCGUUAAAUUCGUAUGGGGCGAUACCAGAUCAAGUUAAAUACGCGAUUUUAGCGCAACAGUUGAAGGCAAAUAGGGACAAUCCGGCAAGUAUGAUCCUGCAAAAUGCAUUGUCGCAAGGAAAUCAUCCGAGUAACAACGAUGACGACGAGCCAAAACUCGUAAUUGAUGAAGAAGAUGACGACGAGGAGGAUGAUGAUGUUGAAAUUAUGUCGCCAGCUGCGAAUAAAAGCAAAGAAAGUUCGAACGAAGUAGCGUUGAAGGUGGCUCAAAACAUUUUGGAACACGCGAAACGCGUAAAUAGCACAAAUUCGAUGCUCAUGUCGUCGUUAAAGGACACAAAAGAGCUCGAGGCACGGUUAAAUGCAAAUUUUAUCAUGAAACCCACCCAAAAAACGGACUCUCAACGCGAAAAAUUUAUCGAUUCCGUGCAAAAUAACAAAGAGGAAGACUUGGCAUCCGUUUCAAAACUCGUCGAUAAUGCCACAAACGUCAUGAGUUUCCGUCGUUUCUUCAACCGAUCCACAGAUGCGUCGAAUGUCGUCGAUCAAAGUGACGAAGAAGGUCUUGUCGCGUCAGGAAGUGCCUCUGAAAGCAACAAUUCAGGCACUGACGACCCCAAUCCCUCAAAUAUCGAGGGUCAAAAGAAGAAAUCCGCUUAUAGCAUGGCACCAAAUCGCGUUUCAUGUCCUUAUUGUCAACGCAUGUUCCCAUGGUCAAGCUCGUUGCGACGUCACAUUUUGACUCAUACGGGUCAAAAACCCUUCAAAUGCUCACAUUGCCCGCUGUUGUUCACUACAAAGAGCAAUUGCGAUCGUCAUUUGUUGCGAAAACACGGCGACGUUGAGUCAGCAAUGUCGGUUCCUGUGCCAAUUGACGAGAUGCCCGAACCAAAGAAGGAGAGAGUUGCUCCCUUGCCGGGUCAUAACAACGAAACAGCAGCGAAAAAUGCCCUGCAAACGCAAAUGUUGUUGCAAAAUUUGACCGCGAACGUGGGAAAAAUGCCGCCAAGUAGUGAAUUAAAUUCCGGAUCGGAUCUCCCGUUCAAGUGUCACUUGUGCGAAUCGUCCUUCGGCGAACGUGGGCAAUGUCUCGAACAUAUCAAGCAGAUGCAUGAACAGGAUUUCAAUUUGAUCAUCAGUAAAGUUAACUUGGAGAGUGAAAGUGAGGUACAUACAGCGUCGCCAGAUGAUGACGAAGGUACUGAUGGGAAAGGAAAAUAUCCGGAUUAUGCGAAUCGGAAGGUUAUUUGCGUUUUUUGCAUGCGUCGUUUCUGGUCGACAGAGGAUUUGAGACGUCAUGUACGAACUCACAGCGGUGAAAGGCCCUUCCAAUGCGGAGUUUGUUUGCGACGAUUCACUCUCAAACACAGCAUGUUACGUCAUCGUAAAAAGCACGCAAAACACGCCGGCAACAACAACAGUACCGGAAACAGUGCCAGCGACAUGUCCGACGACGAAGUCACUUCGCCUCCUGCUUCUGUAGCUGCCACAAAUGGCAAUUCUGCUCAAAAUUCUCACAAUAAAAUCCCCGAUUUGAUCAGCAAGGACCUCAUUUGGAAGCUGGCGAUGGCAAAACGCGAACAAAAUCACAAAAAUGAGGAAAAUCACGUGGAAAAUGACGCCUCUGACCUCAUUGGAAACUUACUCGGGAUCAGCGAUCGCGGAAUUUUAAACAAACUUUUGUCCUCGCCCGAUGAGGCGGCAAAAUUAUUAGGUGUAAGAGGUAAUGAAUAAGGAAAUAACUUAAAAAUGUACUUAAAAAAUAGUUUUUUUUUGACAUGAAAGGACAACAGUAUCUCUAGUCAGUCUCUUACUUAAUGAAAAAAAAAUGUUAGAAUAGAAACAUCGAUCUCCUAGCUACUUUUUAUUAUACCUUAAACUAUAGAAACAUUUAGAAACUUACGUGUACGUGCCUGUUUUACUUCAAAAAAAUGCCUGAAACAACGAAACGCAACGAGCCUUUCCCCAAAAAUCGCCUUUUUCGCACUUUUCUAUGCCAUUAAGCACUGAUAUCCAUAUAUUUAAUACAUUAAUAUACAUCAUUAUGUAUAUAAUUAUAUAUAAUGUUAACGAAAAUUUUUAAAAACAAAGCCUUUUAACAACGAACUUAUCAUUUUUGUACAUUACAAAAGAGGCCUUUUAACCAAAGUGGCUUAUUAAAACAUUGUAGAAGCAAAAAUAUACAAACAUAUGAAAAAAUAUGUAAUCAAACAUGUACAGUACAACAUAUAUAUUACAAAUGUUUGUAGAAAAAAUACAUUUUUUAAUACAAAAUAUUGUAGAAAAAGCAUAGAAAAGUUAAAAUUCAGAUGAUCUUCAUUAAAUAUUAAAAUCCAUAAUUCAUAUUUUGUGUCGUGUGCCAUCAUAUUCGAUC